AUUUUCUCGCACAGGAGACCGGCCUUCCUUCGAUCAUUCUCCGGUGACGCUUCGGUUGCUGGUCGCGGCAGAAAUCAUUCGGCUGGCACCGCGUUUCCAUUAAACUUCGAGGCAAUUCGAAUCAGCUAAUUGAUGGUUCUCCCGUUCUUUUUGUGCCAUGAACUCUGGAAGGUUGAAAGAGAGCGAUGAGUCAGGUAUUCGAAGGAUAUGAGCGUCAAUACUGUGAGCUUUCCGCUAAUUUGUCGCGGAAAUGCACCUCCACUAGUGUCCUCAUUGGAGAGCAGAAGAAGCAGAAUCUUUCUGAAGUUAAAACUGGAUUGGAUGAUGCUGAUGCCUUGAUUCGGAAAAUGGACCUUGAAGCAAGGAGCUUGCCACCAAAUAUAAAAUCGUCCCUUCUUGCUAAGAUACGGGAGUAUAAAACUGAUCUAAUCAAUUUGAAGAGUGAAGUUAAGAGAAUCUCAUCUUCUAAUGUCAGCCAGACUGCCAGAGAUGAACUGCUGGAAUCUGGAAUGGCCGAUGCAAAGACGGCCCAAUCAGUGUUGAAAAUGGAAGUGAUGCCCGGCUUAAAAUAGAACUUCUCUGUAAGGCUGUGCGGAAUGAUGCAUUUUUAAAGGGUUUACACUUGCAUAGCAUGGUAAUAUAGUUGCAAAUAGUAAUAAUCAAUGAGGAAAGCUGGGGGGUGUUAAGUUGAGCUACUCUGAUUUUGACAAGUAUUUGGAGUAAACUUUCUGAGGAUGAAACAGGUGUCUACAAACCAACGAGGAAGGCUAUUGAUGUCGACAGAGAGACUUAACCAAUCCAGCGACCGAAUUAAAGACAGCAGAAGAACAAUGUUGGAAACAGAAGAGCUUGGAGUAUCCAUCCUUCAAGAUCUGCAUCAGCAACGUCAAGCUCUCUUGCACGCCCAUGGCACGCUGCAUGGGGUAGAUGACAACAUUGGGAGAAGUAAGAAGGUAUUGACGGCAAUGUCAAGAAGGAUGAACCGGAACAAGUGGAUGGUUGGUUGCAUCAUUGCAGCUUUAAUCCUUGCCAUCUUAGUGGUUCUCUAUUUCAAGCUAUUUCGGUAGCCAAGACGAAAGAAAGAGUUUACUCGAAUUCAGUUUGUUGCCAUGACAUCAUUACCUCUCGUACCGCCAGCCCCCUUUCAUUUUCAGAUUCUUCCAAUUGGUGACAUGUAAUUUACACUUGUAUUGCAAAACCGUUUGUGGUUGCUGCGCUGCAAAUAUUUUUCAAACUGUGUUUUCUGUCCUCUCCCAAAGCCCUCCCUCCCUUCUUGGCCAGGGUGCAUAACAAUGGGUAAGGGUGGAAAUCGGUACGGUAUCGGUAUCCUAAUACCAAAUACCGAAAUUUCGAAUACCGAAUUACAUCCUAAAUUCAAUCCCUAUCCCAAUCCAUAAAUAAUUUUGGUAUCCCAAUUCCAAUCCCUAAAUAUUUCGGUAUCCCAAUCGGUACUUCAGUAUCCCAAUCGGUAUUAUCGAAUCAGAAAUUAAUUACCUUUGCAAUUAAUAAUUAAUAUAUAAAUUAGAUUUGAAUGUUUAAUAUAGGACAAAGAGACUAAACAAAGAGUCUUAAGUUCGGCUAGAGGUGACAUCUCAAGUUUUUGUAAUUUGUAAUCUUUAAUUUGAUGAAUUGGAGGCUGAGAGAAGACUAAUACUAGUGUUUGCUUUUUGGUGUUAUGAAAAUAACAAUAGAUUGGUGGUUAAGGGUCGUGUAGUAGUGAAUGAGUGAGUUUAGUUGAAAGCAUAAAAUACACACUAGCUUAUAUUUCGGUAUUUCGGUAUAUACCGAUCCCAAUCCUGUA